AUGCCACGAGUAUAUAAGCCAAGACCUGGUGGGAAACAAUAUAAAAAAUAUGACGAGACUGUAAUGAAACAGGCGCUCGAUGAGCUUACUUUAAAUCGUCAUGCAACAAUCAGAUCUAUAGCAGAAAAAUAUAGUAUUAGCAGAUCAGUUUUACAGAGGCAUAGCAAUAGACAAAUGAGGUCACCAGGAGGCCAAAUGGCACUUACUAAAGAAACAGAAGAUUACAUUGUGCUGAAUCUGAACACUUGUGCUGAAUGGGGAUAUCCUUUAGAUAUAACAGAUUUAAGACUUUUAGUAAAAAGUUAUUUAGAUAUGUUAGGGAUUACGCACAAAAGAUUUAAAAAUAAUUUGCCGGGGAGAGAUUUUGUCUUCAAUUUUUUGGAACGGCAUAAAAGUACGAUUUCGGAGAGGCUAUGUCAAAACAUUAAACGCGCUAGAGCAGCUACAUCACCAACCAUUAUCAAUAAAUAUUUUUCGGAAUUAGAAAAGUCACUUGAAAAUGUGCCGCUGGGCAAUAUUAUUAAUUAUGAUGAGACAAAUUUAUCGGACGACCCAGGCCGUCACAAAAUAAUAACGAGACGAGGAUGUAAAUAUCCAGAACGUGUUUUAAAUCAUUCUAAAGCUUCAAUAUCACUUAUGAUGGCAGGAACUGCAGAAGGAGAGCUAUUACCACCGUAUGUGGUUUAUAAAUCCACAAACCUUUAUGAUACGUGGGUGAAAAAUGGACCCGUAAACGCAAGAUAUAACCGAACGUCGUCAGGGUGGUUUGAUGCAGAAGUGUUUAAAGACUGGGUCAAGGAAGUGGUCAUUCCAUUUUUUAAAAAUAAGCAAGGGAAAAAAGUCUUGAUAAGCGAUAACCUAUCGUCUCACUUAUCGAUAGAACUGAUAGAUAUCUGUAAGAAUUUUGACAUUCAUUUCGUCUUUUUACCGGCAAAUUCAACACAUCUCACGCAGCCGCUGGAUGUGGCGUUUUUCCGCCCGAUGAAAGUAGCCUGGCGUCAAAUUCUUCAAAAAUGGAAGAAAACGGACGGCCGUUUACUAUCAUGUGUACCAAAAGGUUGCUUCCCAAGAAUGUUAAAGUUGCUCAUGGAUCAAAUUAAUAUAAAUUCGGAAAAUAACAUUCGGGCAGGAUUUCGUAAGACUGGUAUCACUCCAUUUAAUCCUAAUGAAGUGUUGGCAAGAUUACCGGAAGAGAUGCAGAAUGAUGAAGAGGUUAAAGAAGCUAUAGACAAGUCAGUUUUAAAUUUAUUAAAAGAAAUACGAUACGGAAGUAUAAAUAUUAAAGAACCAAAGAAUAAAAAAAAAAUCGAUGUUAUUGCAGGUCGAAGUGUUUCACACGAGGACGUAGAAAGUUACGCUGAUACAGAUACUAAACCUGAAAUAAAAAAGAAACGAAUCCAAAAAAUAAAUAAUACAAAAAGUGCCAAAGGUAAAGGUGUAGGAAAAAAAACCAAAAUAAUAUGUGAUGAAAAAGAAAAUAAACCGCCAUCGCCAAUAGCACAUUGUUCAAGGGCAUUCGAAUCAAUCAUAACUGAAACGAACAAUUUGCCCGCAUCUGAUAAUGAUCAAGAACAGCGUAAUGAUUGGCGUCUUAUAGAAGUUGAAAAAAUACCCGUUGUGCUAACAGAAGAUUUACAAUUGUAUGAAGAAAUAGUAAUACCAUGGUGCGGACCUACAGAUUUGAAAGGAACAAAUGUGACAGAAGAAACAAAUCUGAUAGAAAUUGAAAAUGAACACGCCAGUACUAGCACUACAAAUAAGCCGAACAUUAUUAUUAAUAGUAAUACAAAAUUACCUUUACAACAAUUAACAAAACUUUUUCCGAAAAAUCCAAAAAGCAAACUUUGA